UCACGCAUACGUCAGAGGUCGAAGUUGAAUCUUGACGCAGGCGGGCUCGUGGUGGUUGGAAGAGUCGCGGGAAACGUCUAAAAACAAACCUGCGGCGCGUGAAGGUGAGCGGCUCGGUUUCUCUUUGAUCCGGACGCGGCUAGAGAGCAGCGGCUACCGCGCGCGCGCUGGUAAGGAACGGCCUCGCGGAGGAGGAGGGGGAGACGGAGCGGAAGAAAUGGCGGAGCGACCAGAGGACCUGAACCUCCCCAACGCGGUGAUCACCCGCAUCAUCAAGGAGGCGCUCCCAGAUGGGGUGAACGUGUCCAAAGAAGCCCGGCGAGCCAUCUCCCAGGCAGCCAGCGUGUUUGUGUUGUAUGCAACCUCCUGUGCCAAUAACUUUGCCAUGAAGGCCAAAAGGAAAACUCUGAACGCAGGAGACGUGCUAGCAGCGAUGGAGGAGAUGGAGUUCGAGCGAUUCCUGGAGCCGCUCAGAGAAGCUCUGGAAGUGUACAAGAAGGACCAGAAGGGAAAGAAGGAGGUGAGCGAGCAGAAGCGCAAAGAUAAGGAGAAGAAGGUCGACUCUGGAAAUGAGAAAAGCAGAGAGGACGAAGAGGGUGAGGAGGAAGAGGAGGAGGAGCAGCAGCAGUGCAUGGAGGAGGAACCUGAGGAGGAACCUGAAGAAGAGGAAGUGGAGAACUGAGGCAAAAACACAGCUGUUAUCUCGCCUCGGAUCAUCUUCAACCUUUAGUAGGAUUCUCCAGACCUGACAACAGAAAGACUUACCUGGUGAUCCUGAUCCGUUUCAUCUUCUUCAUACAUUCUUAGAGGAAACCUUCAGCUGAACAUGUCCAGAACCUGGACUGGAGUCAUGCUCUCCAGUGUCUCUAAUUAACUAUUUGUCAGAAGUCAGGUCUUUGUUCUUCUUGUGUUUCUCAAAGAAACUUAACUUUUAAAGGAUCUUCAGACUCGAGGUUCUGAUGUUCUUCACGCAGGUCAGAAUGGUUGUCGUUGCCACACCUGAUGUUCAUCACCUGUACUUUUGUAGACUUGUCUAUGACCCUUGAGAUCUUUCAAUAAAUGUUUUGUAGAAAAAUGAA